AUGAAUCAAGCGAAGGGUAAUCAGUUUGCGGCACAAGCUUCAUCAAAUGCAGAUCGUGAAGGCAAAAAACAAACAUCUAGGCAUAGAAAAAAUGAUGCUGGACCUAGAAAGGCAACCGUAGAAUCAUGUGAAUGCCUUAAAAAGAUCGUCGAUCUGGAUACAAAAUCAACAACAACGGCAUUGGGUGUUCCCGAAGCAGUCAAUAAUUCGGCAAUACUGAAGUAUAGGGAUCUUGAAGGAUAUAUAAAUGAAUUAGAAGAGAAUUGUGAAUCAGUCGAGCAAUCAGCAGAUAUGCAAAUUUUGAAAACUAAUGUGCAGCUUGACACUUUGGAGAAAAGAGUUGGAAACCUUGAAGCACUCACUGAUCAACUUGAUAAGUGGUCUUCGCAGCUUGAGAAAACGACCAGAAAGUACAGGGACGAUCGACGCACGAAACACCGUGAUAGUUUUUGGUGA